AUGAACCAGAUGGCGACCACGCAGGCGCACUCUCCGACUCCUCCCCAUCUCCUCCAGCCCAACAUGAACCGCCCGAACGGCAGCCCGCAUGCCUCCCCGAACAUGAACCAAGGCGCAUUCCCCUCGCCGAACCACUCCCGGCAUGCGUCACUAGACCCUAGCGCAGCAUACGGACAACCUCAGGGCCCGGAGUGGGGUGGCAUGGGCUUCCACGGCCACCGGAGGGCACCGUCGGAUACAUACUCUGAUGUCUCGUCCUCCGCACAGCCCUCGCCGUACCUUGGCAACAGCGACUUCGAGCCGAACGACAACCCAUCACCGCUGCUGGCCGCCCAGCAAGACCCCGCCAUGUUCCAAGAGGUGAUGCAGUUUGGACAGUUCACUCUCUCCGAAAACCAGUCGCAUAUCAGCCCCGGCCACAGCCCACACAUCUCGCCUCGUCUCAUGCCGCAGCAACAAUCGCUACCUCCCUUUACCUCAAGCAACGGCUAUGGUCUCCAGGCCAUGAACAACCAGUACGGUGGACAGCAAGGACUGGAAAUGUACCAGGGACAAGGCCACGAGCCAUUCCCUACAAUAAACCAGGGCGGAGAUUUUGGCCAAGCUGAUACCAUGUCUCCCCCGGAGAUCAAUAUUGACUUUGCGCCUCCUUCGCGGCAAGCGAGCUUCGAACCUGCGAGACCGGAAACGCAGGCCGAUGCGCUCAGCCCGCCGGAUCGAUCACGAAGCCGCAAUCGUAUGCGUGCCAAGUCGGACCCUUUCAGUGGCGCAAGCACUCGCGCCUCCACACCAGCGAGCGGGCACUCAGAUCCCAGCCGAUCGCUUUCUCCUGCUGCCGCCAAGGUGUCAUCAUCGCGCUCUCCUUCACCGUCUACAAAGUCCUCUCGCCGAUCCUCAACAUCUAGCAUUCCUCACCGGGAUUACAUCUUGGACUUGGCGGAUCCUUCGAGGCCGACCUCAGCGGGAGGACCCGCUGAAGGCCCCGGAUCCAAUGCGAAGCGCACCCAAAAACAUCCAGCAACCUUCCAGUGCAACUUGUGCCCGAAACGAUUUACUCGUGCGUACAAUCUUCGAUCCCACCUCCGCACCCACACCGAUGAGCGUCCUUUCGUCUGCAGCGUCUGUGGUAAAGCAUUUGCUCGCCAGCACGAUCGAAAACGUCACGAAGGGCUUCAUUCGGGAGAGAAGAAGUUUGUGUGUCGUGGUGUGCUAAAGGAUAAUGGAAGCUGGGGCUGCGGAAGGCGGUUUGCUCGUGCCGACGCCCUUGGACGUCAUUUCCGCUCUGAGGCUGGUCGCGUCUGCAUACGGCCUCUACUAGAAGAAGAGGCGCAAGAAAAGGGCGGAUCCUGGGACCCGCAGAGCCAGCAAGCGAUGGACAACGGCAACGCGUUUGGGAACAACAUGCAACCUUCGGGUUACGGCAUGGUGCCUCCGCAACAACAGGGCUACCAGGGCUACCCCUCAGCAUCUGGUGGAAUGGACCAAUCUGGUCUACCUGCUCCUCAGCAAUACGGCCUACCGGCAGCUUUGCUUGCACAGUACCCGGCACUCGCCGGAAUCCAAUGGGACCAGCUCCCAGCAGGCGGCCCUGACGACAUCGAAGGCGAGAUCAGCGGCCGGAGCAGCUUCGACGCCAGCAGCGGCGGCGAGUACUACGAAGAGGAAGACGAGAGCUACGGGCAACCCAAUCCAUCGGGCGUGUACACAGCAGGUGGAUGGGCAAGUGACUAUGAAGGUAACAGGUAG